AUGUCAGAGAAAUUGGUACUAACAUUUGGCGCAGCAUGUAUCGAUUACAUUGCAGUUUUCGAUACAUUUCCGAAACCGGAAGAUAAAGUGCGGACACAAAGUUUAACGUUGUGCGGCGGUGGAAAUGCAGGAAAUACGAGCACUUGUUUAAGUCGUUUAAAUAUAAAUACAAAAAUUGUAUGUAAAAUUGGAGACGAUGGAAAUGGAAAGAAAAUUUUACAAGAUUUUAAAAAUGAUAAUGUUAAUACACAAGAAGUAUUGAUUAAACAAGGAAUGACCACAUCCUUAACAUAUGUUAUAGUUGACAUUACUAAUGCAACGAGAACAUGUUUAUUCAGUCCUAGUGCAGAAGAAAUUUUAGUGGAUGAUGUAAAAAAGCUGGGACAGAGUUGGCUAAAUGGAAUUGAUUUGGUACAUUUUGACAGUAGAUCAACCCCAGCUGCGGUAGAACUUGCACGUCUCGUUAAGCAAAAUAAUAUAUUAUGUACACUCGAUUUAGAAAAAUAUCGUCCAUCAUUAGAAAACUUAUUACUACUGAUUGAUUACAUUGUCACUACAGAACGUUAUUCGCUCAGUUGCAAUGAAACACCAGUCACUACAGCUGUUCGUUUACUUAAAUCCGAUCGAUGCAAAUUUGUUGUUAUUACAAAAGGAAAAGAUGGAAGUAUGCUUGUUCAAAAACGUAUAUUGGAAAAUAAAAAUGAAAAUUUCAAUCGAGUUUCAAAAGAGAAUAUUGUCUAUGAUGAUAUAGAAUACGAUGUGAUCAAUUGUCCAUCAUGGCCAAUUGAUCAAAAAGAUACUAUGGACACGACUGGUGCCGGAGAUGCAUUUAUCGGUGGAAUAAUUUUUUCAAUAUUACAAAAAUGGUCAAUAGAAAAAAUGAUGUGUUUUGCAUCUUAUGUGGCAAUGAGAAAAUUAAAAGGUCUUGGGGCACGAAUGACGUUACCAAGAUUAGAUGAAAUUAACUUUUCUAUUUUUGAUUAA